AUGGCACAGUAUGAAUUCCACAUGCUCGGUUUCUUACUAUUUAUACAGAUAAUUGAUAAGGAUUGCUCUGAUUUGCUGCAGAUAGAUAAUGUUUGGUUCUGGCACCUUUCCAAGGAGAUAUCUAAAUUCACUACAUUUUAUAAGGACCUCUCUGGUUCUCCUGCUAUAGAUAGACACUUCCUUUCCUUUCGACAAUUAAAGGAUGAUGUUGAAGCUUCUGGGUCAUUCCCCGAUCUUUCAGUGUUUCCAUCAUUGCAAACCUUAGAUCUGGAAAACAAUCAGUUGAAUGGGACUAUAGACAGAAGUAUUGGACAGCUUCACAAGCUUAGGGUUUUCAGCUGUGCUUUCAACUUAUUAAAUGGCACAAGCUCUGAUCGAAGCACACUUCUCCAAUCUCUCAAUUCUGAUUGGGUUCCCCCUUUUCAACUUGAUGUUAUAAAGUUUUCGUCUUGCAAGUUGGGUCCUCGUUUCCCAAAGUGGCUUCAAACUCGAAAGAAAUUUUAUAAGCUUGAUAUCUCUAGUGCUGGGAUUGUAGGUAAUAUUCCCAGUUGGUUCUGGGAUCUAUCCCCAGGAUUAGAUUAUCUAAAUGUCUCUCACAACCAGCUUAACGGCUUUUUGCCUGAUCUAUCUUUGAAGUUUCACGGUUCAGGAAUAGAUUUAAGUAACAAUCUUCUUACAGGUCCCAUACCACUAGUUCCUUCUAAUGUAUCAUCCUUGAAUCUCUCCAAGAAUAAGUUUGGAGGCUCACUCGCUUUCUUAUGCGCAAUUAGUGGAGAGUUUUUCACCUAUCUUGACCUCUCAAAUAACCAUCGGGAGAGCUUCCAUAUUCCGGUCUUAGCUGGUGCUGUGGAAGAGGGCCAAAGACAAAACCCUCUCAAUUUGAACUUGCCAAACGGCGUGUUGGGCUGGGGCCCAGCACACAACUCCAAAGCUUUGAUGCUUCUGCAUAUUCUGGAAAUUCUGAACUUAAUUUGUGGGGUUCCACUUACCAAAAAGUGCCCAGGAGAAGAAAAACCAGCAGAAUCUCCCAAUGCUGCUCAUCCCAAAGACAAAAGCAUUCAAGAGGAUGCGGAUAGGUCUAUUACUCAAGGAUUUUAUGCUAGCAUGGGGCUUGGUUUCUUCUUCGGAUUUUGGGGAGUUUCUGGCACUACCCUUUUCAAUAGUCAGUCUAGACAUGCCUAUUUUAAGUUCUUGAACCACAUAAUAGAUUGGAUCUAUGUGACCACAUCAUUGAACUGGGCUGGAUUACAAAGGAGGCUUUAG